CACACCAGAGCACCUGCCAACCACACACACCGCUACAUCGAAUGAAAAAAAAAAGUAAUACCACCAGAGCAAAGAGCAAAGAACGCCUCCCAGAAUGGGUUUCCUAAAGGCACGGUUCGCCGCCGGGUGUAUAUUCCUCACGGUCCUGUAUCUGUGCAUCAUGCUGGUGGCCAAGAAACAAAUGGACACCUUCCUCUUUCACGAGGACGCCAAGUCGGCCGUGGAGGCUCGGUCCAUGGACUCGGAGAACCGGUCAGCUCACAGUCUGCCCAUAGACGACGACUUUCUGGAGGACUUCGAUCUCAACAAGUACAAAGGACAAGUCGUACGCCGCGGUUACGCUGCCGAUCUACCGGUAUUUCAGCCCAACGGUGUGGCGUUUGGAGACGAUUUGAAUAGGAUUGCUAAACAGAACAAAGGGAAUCUGAACGUGAAAAACUCGAGACUGUUAGAGAUUCUGUCUAAAGAGAUGUUGGAGGAAGAGAAGAACGGUGUGGUUGUGGAUUUGGAGGCUCUCGAGAGGAGGGAGCAAGCUCAGAUCGCUGAAAAGCGGAGAAAAGAGUUAGAGAAAAAGAAGGAAGAACAAAAGUGGCUGCCGAAAAAGAAAAAGAAAGUCCAAGUCAGCAGUGCGAAGCCGAAGGUGCUUCACGUUAACCGAAACAGUCUCGUGGAAGAAGUUGACAAAAUGCAGAUUUAUGAAGAAGUCAAGUUUCCAGAAUUCAUAGAAGAGGAUGAGUCGUAUAUCCCAGGCUAUGGCGGCAGACCCCAUAAGGCCAACAACAAGGGGCUCAGCGAGGAAGAGGAGGAACAGAAAGAGAGAGACUUUGAAGUCAACUUCUUCGACGAAUCGGUCAGCAGGGCUAUAUCCGUGCACAGACAUUUGCCUGAUGGCAGAAGUAUCAAAUGCCAGAGGAACGAGUACUCCCGACUCCCCCCUGUGUCGAUCCUGAUUGUCUUUCACAACGAGGCUUGGACCACGCUAUUGAGGACACUCCACAGUAUACUGGACAGGACGCCCUCAGAGCUGCUGGGGGAGAUUGUUCUACUGGAUGAUUAUUCCGACCAAGCUCACUUGAAGAGGCCCCUGGAAGCUUACGUUCAGCGCAUGCCCAAGGUUCGUCUGCUGAGAGCGAGAAAGAGGCUGGGACUGAUCAUGGGCAGGAACGAGCUGUUCCAACAGUCUAGGGGGGACAUUGUGGUCUUCCUAGACUCCCACAUCGAGUGUUUCCCAGGUUGGUUGGAGCCGCUGAUCAAGCCUAUAGCCAACAACAGCCGCGCUGUCGUCUUCCCCAACAUAGAGUACAUCAACCCAGCCACGUUCCAGGUGGCCUCCAGCAAAUACCCAUCAGCCGUGGGGGGAUUCGACAUCAGCAGGAUGAACUUCAACUGGCUCUACGACAGGAACGACGUGAACAAGAAAAGUGGCAAGGACUA